AUGGACAUCACUACUACGGGCUAUUCUAACCAGACAAAUGACACGUACGAGAUUUCAGGAGAAAAGUACGUUCGAUAUCUUAACAUCAUUGUGUUUUUCGAAGCUUCCAUGUGUGUUCUCAUAGUUAUAGGAAACGGAUUCAUAAUUACCUUGAUUGCACGGAGAAGGUUACUUGGAAGAUCUACAAAUAUAUUUGUUUUUUCGAUAGCAACAGCUGAUUUUCUCAAUGGAAUUUUGUCGAUACCAGCACAUGUGCUAUUUUUAGUCCUUGGAGGAGAUUUGACGGUCUAUCUAUGCAAAUGUCACAAAUUCGUCAUGUAUUUGACGAAAACCGUUGUGCCGUAUACGAUAUUGUUCAUGACAGCGGAAAAAACCAUGAGGGUAUUAUGCCCGACAAGAGAGAUAGUUACGGUGGCUAGGUGUAUGUUCUUCACAAGCUUGUGGUGGUUCUUCAGUGCGGCCUUCAACAUUUGGAGCGUAGUGUUAUACACUAAAGGGACCGUCAGUGUUAGUGAUACGGAGGCACCCACAUAUCAAAUUCCCAGUUGCGUUCUUAACUCCAGAUUUAUCGACUUACACACAGCUUUUCUACUGACAGAUGUCAUCAUUAUUUUUGUGAUACCUACAUUGGCAAUAUUUGGAUUGUAUUGUGUACUUGUCCGAAAUAACUUCACAGUGCUACGAGAGAGAAUAUUAACCUACUUCUAUGUGAUAAAACUAUUCAUAGCGUUAUUCGUUACAUUUGUAUUGUGCCAACUACCAUUAGAGAUAUUUACUUUCCUCGACAGCAGAAGAAAACCAUUUAGCCUGAUAUAUGUUUUAGCUUCUCACUUUGCUACGUCGCUAUAUUUCACACGAGGUGUAUGGAAUUUAGUGAUUUAUGCCUAUUUUAAACAUUAUGUGUGCCGGAAAAGACAAUUCUCCAGCAUCCGAGCAAAUGGAGCUUUCCGAGCAGGAAAUAUGGGAGCACCCUCCUUGCGGCAGCGUUUUAGACCGAGAGAUCGAUAAUUCUUUAUGGCCGUGCUAACAAUGCUAACAACCUUUUUUAUUUCUUGAAUUAAAAUAACA